GGUUUGUAACGCACAUGCGCAGUUGGCAUGGCGACAUUGUUUAUUUACAAUAUGGUGUCCGCUGAAAACAUUUAGGAGAAGUGCGAUUUUUAUUUUCAAUUUUUGCCGAGAAGUGUAACAUCGUUAUCUGUGAAAGAUUAAAGAUCCCAACCAUGUCGCGGGCUCAAGCAGAGAGUGUCAUAAAAAAUAUCAUAAGAGAAAUAGCUCAAGAAUGUGCAAGCAAGGGUCAGGCUGUUUCAGAAACACUUGUAGCAUUUAUGGUGAAGGCUGUGGUUCUUAAUCCAUCUAAUGAAUUUAAUGUUGAUAGAACGCUCACUAAAGAUGAUGUUCAAAAACUGAUAAAAUUGUGCGUGGAGCAAUUAUUAGAUGCCAGAUCCCCAGCUCUAGACACUGUCAAAAUGCAGGUCUAUUUUGACAUGAAUUACACAACCAGAUCAGAUUUCUUAGACGAACAUAGAAGAGUUCUUGAAUCCCGUCUACAACCUGUUAUAAGGGAGAUAACUGAUAGUCGAGCUAGGACAAGAGAAGAGCUAGAAUCUCUAUAUAGAAAGAUAGUAUCAGCAGUGUUGCUUCGAUCAGGACUAGGAAGCCCAACAGAUAUAGCUGUAGUAAGAGAGGCAACUGCAGCUUUACAGAGUGUCUUCCCACAAACAGAGCUAGGUACUUUCAUGUCCCUAUCAAAACGCGACAAGGAACGCCAGAUCCUUGAAUUAACUAUGAUUGUUACUGGUAUUCGACUCUUCAACAAAGAGUGUGGUAAAGGUGGCGAAGGUAUUGAUGAUUUACCAGCCAUUUUGAAUGAGGCUGUACCAGCAACCACCCAGAGUGUUGAUACUGAAAUCCAAACAACUUUACAUCAAGCCUUUAAAUAUACUACCCUGCUAGAGAAAGCCCACGCUGGAGAGAGAUUAGAAGGUUUGUCACUUCAACUUGUUAGAGAAUCACUCAUUAAUAGCCGUCAACAUGAAGCUUUCUUGAGAGUUAUUUUAAGUGACGUAAUUAGCUGUGCUCAACAAGUUGAGAUGCUGGAGAAUCAACUAGCAGCCAGGAUGGAACAGCUGCAAAACACCAUUCAGUCUAAAACAGCUGUUCCAACAGCUCAAGUCUAUCCCCAGUUCAUACAUUUAGCGCAGCUAUGGAGUGGCUUCCAAGAUGAGAUGGUAUUACUUAGUGUAUUAAGCAACAUCUUGGCAAGUCUUGAACCAUUCACCAGAGGUCACAGAGAUAUAUUUGGCGAUGACGUUUUGGGUCAGUAUCUCAGUGGCGCACAUGUAAAAAGUGAUGAAGAAAGGGUAAAAGAUGUCUCUGGUCCGGAUCAAUUUGUUAAUCCGAAGGAUUAUCAAGUCAGUCAGUAUGAUUGGCUAUUUCCUGAAACUACCAAAAAUUUUCAUAGACUUUCUUUACAAUACAGAGGUUUUUGUGCACUGACUUUAGGUAAAUUUGAUCGACUUUUACUUCCAUCAAACCCAGAUAUAGGUGUUCUUAGAUAUAAAGAACAUCACUAUGCAUUCUCCUCCAAAGCAGCUGCAUACGAAUUUGCAGAAAAUCCAACCAUGUAUAUACAGCUGGUAGCAGAGGGUGCUAAAAGAAGUCCUGAGUUGAUUCAAUUACUCGAGCUUCAUAACCAAUUCUCCACAAUAACUCCAUACAGUCAGGGAAAAGAUGCUGGUCGUAUGUUAGAAAAACCUGUGACAAAAUGUGACAGUGGUUCACAGACAGAUACACAUUUCAUGGACACUAACAUUGUCAAAACUUAUGAAUGGAACGAAUGGGAAUUAAGAAGGAAAGCUAUUAAAUUAUCCAACUUAAGAACAAAGGUCACACAUUCUAUUCAAACGAAUCUCAGCAAUAUGAGGCGGGACAACGUCACCCAGGUUUACUUACCAAAAGAUAAUGCCACUCAAACAAAAGUUGAUUCUGCCACAAAUGUUCCUAAAGCUCAAGUAUUUUUAGCUGGUUUAAGAGGAGGUGGAAUGUCCGAACCUACUGAUAUGACAAAAGUUGACCUUACAAUAGAUGCUGCCGAGCAGUGAUAACUUAUUUUAUCCAGACAUCAUCUAUAUAAAACUCUAAGAUUUACAGAAUGUAUAAUUGUUAUUUAUGGUUAUAAUAUAUCUGAAUUUUAAUUGUAUAAAUUAUGUUAUUAAUAAUACAAAACCAGAAAAAGAUAAAGAGAUUUUUUUUUCCGGCCACCUCUCACUUUAAAGGAAGACUACGCUAUAUCUAUUGAAUGUCUAAGAUGAUAUUUUUUUUGCUAACUGUGCAUUUUUAAACUCCUUAUUUUAAUUUGCUCAAAUGUAGAAGAUGGCGUCUAAUGAAGGCUAAUAAAGAUGUGCAUAUGUCA